UCCAAAUUUCGCUCUCUUUCUUUUGCUCAUGUUUGCUUCCACCAUGAACGCCCAUCUCUUCCCUCACGAGAUCUGUGCCACCGCCGGUAACUUCACAGCCAACGGCACUUACCAAACCACCCUCACAGCCCUUCUCUCCUCCAUUUCCACCACCAACUCCUUGUCCCUCACCUACGGCUUCUUCAAUGCCUCCGCUGCGGUCUCCGGCACCUCCCAAACCCUCUACGUUGUCGGCUCCUGCCGUGGUGACCUCACUGCCGAGAGCUGCCGCACCUGCCUCGAAGCGGCGACCUCCGAUAUCCGCCGCCUCUGCCCCCUCAGGAAGGCGGCGGUCCUCUACUGCGAGAACUGCACCGUCCGUUACUCUAGCACCUCAAUCUUCGGCACAGUCGCAACCGACCCCGACUACCAAGUGGUCAACGUGAACAACGUCACCAGUCCGGACACGUACAACUCAGCGCUGAAGACUCUACUGGACGAACUGCGGGGCGAGGCGGCGGGAGGCAGCUUCUUGAGGAAAUAUGCGACAGGGGACGCAUCGACGGGUUUCGACUCCAUCUACGCGAUGACACAGUGCACGCCGGACUUGACGAAGCAGGAAUGCAGCGACUGCCUGGUGACAGUCAUCGGGAGGCUCACAUGGUGCUGUGCCGGGAAGAUGGGAGUGCUAAUCGUGGCACCGAGUUGCCAGUUCCGGUACGAGACCAAUAAUCGGUUCUUCGGCCCGAUCAGCGAGCCACUUCUGCCGCUGCCCGCAUCGUCAUCUCCAAAGACAGAUGCGCUGCCUCCACCACGAGGCAAAAGCAAUAAAUCUACUGGGAUAAUCCUUGUUGUUGCCAUCGGCGUUGGCGAAGGCCUAGUGUUUUUCUUCUUUGCUUGUUGUUUUUGUCCAAAGAAAGCGACCGGGACGUACGCAGAUGUCCAAGGAGAUCGAAAUGGCAUAAAUGAAAUUACAAAGGAGGAUGUAGUUACAGAUGCCGAGUCCCCGCAGUAUGAUUUAGCCACCAUAAGAGCCACCACAGCCAAUUUCUCUCAUCAAAACAAAUUGGGAGAGGGCGGAUUUGGCGAAGUUUUCAAGGGUAAGCUUCCAAAUGGACAACUGAUAGCUGUGAAGAGACUAUCUCAAAGCUCAGAACAAGGGACCGUUGAAUUUAAGAAUGAAGUCAUAUUGCUAGCGAAGCUUCAACAUCGAAACCUUGUGCAGCUUCUCGGAUUUUCCUUAGAGGGUGAACAAAAACUGCUUGUCUACGAGUUUGUGCCAAAUAAAAGUCUUGACUACUUUUUAUUUGAUCCUCAAAAGAGUAGGCAAUUGAAUUGGUCGACACGUUACCAAAUAGCAUGUGGGGUUGCUCGAGGAGUGCUCUAUCUACAUCGGGACUCUCGACUUGAAUCAUUCACCGUGAUCUAAAACCAAGCAACAUCUUGUUGGAUAGUGAAAUGAACCCGAAGAUUUCAGAUUUCGGCAUGGCAAGGAUUUUCAAAGAUGGUCAAA